UUUUUUUUUUUUUCCUCCAUCAGCUAUGUAUUAAUCUUGAAUCCCACCAGUACAUCUCAUCCUCUCUCUCACUCUCCAACUUGAACCGAUUCCCUUUUUUUUUUGUUUUUUACGUGAGCGCAGCACUUCAUGACAACACACUCCAACAGCAGCAGGACUGUUUCCCCGCUCGAAAAGGUGCUUAGUCUACCCGAGCUUCAAGCUCUUGUUGCCCAAUACCUCGAGCGCGAGGUCCUGGCACUCUGUGCCCGAGUCUCGCACCAAUGGCACCAAGUCUUUGCCCCCUUUCUCUGGCGAAAAGUCCUCUUCCGGGUCCCACAGGAUUUCUCGCUGUACGGUCGGCUGGUUCAGAUCCUUGACCUCUAUAUGGGGAACAUCCCCCAGGCCCAACGGGAUCAUAUCCGGUACUGUUGUCCCCAUCUCCGGAAUGUGCAUCUGCAUUUUCAGCAAAUGCCAGUCGACUCGCUGUGGCGGCUGUUCGAACCAGAGGACGGGAAUGGGUUUGUGGGGGCAGGGAUUGAGGUGUUAGAGAUCUAUGUGGCCGAAUUCGAGGUCAUCCCAUCAAUCUUGCCGUGGUUGACAUAUGUGAGGAAGAUGGGUUUUUUGAGAGGGCUAAAGAGUUUGACGGUCGGGAACGGGCAGGCAUUGGAUGAGGAAGAAGGAGGAGGGAAGAGGAGAAAGCAGAUUGGGGUGGGGGAUGUGGUGAGGUAUUUGGAGACGUUCCCCGAGACAAGGGCGUUGUGCUUUGGGAGGAUACCGAUUGGUGAAACGAGGCGGUCGGAGGAGGAGGAAGAGAAGCGGGUGGAGGAGGUUAAGUUGGAGUGCAGGGACGAGAACAAUGGGCAUGAUCUGGAUAAGCGGCAGCGGCACGAGAUGAUGGAGGAGAAGGAAGGCGAGGCAGGAAAGAGCGACAAUCAAAUGAACGCGAAUACGAACGCGAUGAUAGGAUCGAGAGCCGUGGGCGCGAUGCCAUACCCGCUCCAGGAUCUGGAUAUCUACCCACGGACAGCCUCUGUCCUCUCGAAACUCCUCCACCGCGCCCAGAACCUUCGCAAGCUUCGGAUUCGCAAGAUCAAAGACCCUCGGAUCCUAUCUAUCAUCGCCCGGUCCUGCCCCAAACUUCAGACCUUCCGAUACAUGGGUCGGGGACUUUUGAGCCUUCCCGAUUUUGACUGGCCGACUUUUCUUCAGGGCUACUCUCAAAUGGAAACCUUGCAUUUCGAAGACGUGCUCGUCACAGAUCGGGCAGCACUGACGAUCGCGGACGUCUGUGCGCAGAAUUUGCGGUACCUCACGAUCCAUAAUGGAGCCAAGAUCGGCACGCAGGCUUUGCUCGAGAUGUUAAGGAAGUGUGAGAGGUUGGAGUGGGUGCAGUGCACGGCGGAUUUGAUCUUGGGGGAGCUCUUCUUCAAAUGCAACGCCUGGGGCUGUUACGGCUCCCUUCAAGUCCUACGGCUCUUUGGUGUAGAAUUACAAGGCCUCGACGAGAAUGAAGCCUUCCGGACCAGGAUCCGACAACUGCCCCGUCUAAGGUCAUUAAGCAUCCGAGGGACGGGUAUGAGGAUAGAGUCGUUACUGGAUGAGGAUGAGCUUGCGAAUACUGGGAGUGCGGUAGUGAUGGAUCCUGAUCCGGGAUAUUGUUAUCGGUAUCUGUUGGAUAUUGUGAUGCCACGGUUCAAAUGUCGGUUGAUUACGUUGCCGAGGUUGAAGGUGUUGUUGGCGUUGAUGCCGAGGGUCGAGUAUAUUAAUUUCCAGAACGGUUAUGACGAGGAGGCACGGGAAUGGUUGCGGACGAAUCGGCCGAACUUGGAUAUGGGGGUCGUGGUCUGGUAGGGACGCGAACGUGGGUGUGCAUAACAGAUAA